AGAUGCUAACUAAAUACAAUUAGACAUUUUUUUCAAUUAGAAAAAAUAUUACAAUUAGACAAGCGAGCUAUCAAAGAUAAACAGAGUCCAGCGCAAAAUGCUGUAGAAGAAAAACGUCGGUAUUUAAUUCAGAUUAGCCCACUGUAUGCUGAAAGGGUAAUAAUAUGGCAAUGUUUGCUAUCAAAUGGUCAUUCCUAUGCUUGGCGUGCAUACUACUACUACGGUUGGCUGGUGCAGUUACAGCACCUCUAUCCAAUUGCUACACUUUUGACAAAAGUGGCCACAUUUAUGAUUUUACUGAGAUUGCUGAACAGACAUUUGCAUACGAUGGAAAGAAAGAAGCAGAUUUGCCGGACUUGGAGAUCAGAUUUUGUAAUGAUGUACAAAGACGAUCAGAUGAGGGAUAUAUAAACUUUGGACAUUUUGCACCUUUUAAUUACUUUGUCCCUGGAAAUGGAAAUGCAGACUUUGUUCAAGAAUACUAUUUCGGUGAUUUGCAGCAUUGUGAGUUUUAUACCAACAAGCUGGGUCGUACUGCCCAGGUGAAUAUAAUUUGUGGUAAUUGUUCAAAUGGAGCUACUUGCAAAGACGAAAUUGGUUGUAUCUGCAGCGUGUCCUAUAAUUCUCCGAGUUGUAGAGUAAUUGUGGAGUUAGCAAUCUCAUGUGGCCAGCCAGGUCCACGCAUUUUCCAAGGUUUUACUGUUGGAUUUCAUCCAAGAGCAUGGGAAGUGGUCUACAAUGGCAUUACACAAUGGGGCUAUGAAGAGCCUCGAUAUGGCUUCAGCUUUGGAACAGAGGAAACAAAAGUUUCCCUCUAUUUUACGGCAAUUGGUGCUCUUUCCAAACAUGUGAGGAAGCCAACUUAUACGAUCAUUCCAGAGAAUGGUCUUGAGGUCAAGUUGUCAGGCUCCGCUUCAACAGGGGAUCCUCCAACAACGUUAUCUCCAACAAGUUUAGAUGUGAUUUGGAGAUGCGAGAAAGCUCAAGAUACUCCAUAUGCUGUGAACAUCACUGUUCCAAUAGAAGGCUAUCCUCCAGUUCAUUUCUUCUUGGGAAAAUUAUGUGAAUAUAAGCAAGCAAUAAGAAGCAAUAAUACAAAAGGAUGGGCAACAUUUGGUCUACUUUGUUGCAUUUUGAUAGUUUUAUCGACAGCAUUCUGCUGUGCAGGUUUUAUUUACAAAACUCGAGUUGAGCAUCAGCAUGGCCUGUAUGCUCUCCCUGGUAUGACUAUUUUAGCAGCUUGCAUUGAAGUGGCAAGUGGAGCGACCAAUGAUGGCUAUAGUCCAGCUAACAAUAUCAACCAAUCAACAUGGGAAAGGUCCAGUGUUUCAGAUCAUGUUUCACAAAGGGUCCCCGAUAACAAAUAUGGAACAGUAGGAUGAAAUUACAAAGCAAGAUGCAAAAUUUUGAACAGAACAUGUUGGAAAGUUCAGAGCUGAAAAUUCGAACUUUUUAAUACUCAAGAUGAGGAUAUUUUAUUAUUAUGCUGUUAGAAUUACUGUGAAGCGUGAAUAGCAGUUAUUGUUGACAAACCUUGUCUCCUUUUCACAUUCACAUACAGGAACGUUGUAACAUGACCCAGAUUCCUUUGUCAAUUUUCUUCUUUAGAUAAUAAGUUUGCAGUUCCCAAAAGCUUGGUGAGAUAGGUGUAGAUUUAUCGUGGUUAGAAUGCUGGUUUUACAGUAAAGUAGAAGCCACUCAAUAUAUUCUUUGAGUGCGUCAUCAACUAUUGAUCGUCAUGUUUUGACAUUCACUUGCAUUUACGAGUAAAAUGAUCCUUAAAUUGAAUAA